AAAUGGAACAAGGGAUUUCACUUCGACCAAACUUGUUAAUAUUCAAUCGAUUCAACUUCUUUGUUUCAAAUGGACUUAAACUUGGACCAACAAUUUUCUCUUCAUGGUUGAGUGGUGGUUCAAUUUUUGGAUCAUUUGGUCCACAUCAAGCUUUUGCAAUUGGUGGUGUCAACAGUGUAAGAGGGUAUGGUGAAGGUGCAAUUGGUUGUGGACAAUCAUGUUUGGUAUCUAAAGCUGAAUUGGCAUUCCCGUUGGUAUAUGUAAUACUUAUUAAUAUAAUUUCCAACAUUAUCAUUGUAAGAUAUCAUUAAUUGGUGUCAGACUUACUUAAUUUUUG